GGCCGACCCCGCGCCCGCUGAUGAAUGGCCGAAAAUGUCCUGGACGCUUCAUCUGCUUUGUUCCCCUGACGCUGGCACACACGCCGCCGGGGAGGCCGCCGAGCACCAGCGCCGUCCAGAAGCCGGGGGACCCGUCCCGGAGCCGCGCGCAGCAGGUGUGACUGAGGCAGGAGGCAGGAGGUCAGAGGUGGGAGGUGGGAGGUCAGAGGUCGGAGCAGGAGGUGGGAGCAGGAUGCUGAGCGGCGGCUUCCUGGUGCUGUGCCGCCUGCUGGCCGCGGGGCUCUGCGCCGCCGCCUUAGCCGAGGACUUUGACUGGACCAGAAACGAGAAGUCGUCUUUCUAUUUUGGCACUUUUCCCACCGGCUUCUCCUGGGGGGCCGGCAGCUCUGCCUACCAGACGGAGGGAGCCUGGAACAUAGACGGAAAAGGGAUGAGCAUCUGGGACGCUUUUGCCCACAAAAAGGGGAAAAUCCUCUCCAACGACACGGGCGACUCCUCCUGCGAGAGCUACUUCAAGGUCAAGGAUGACAUUAACCUGAUGAAGGACCUGAAGCUGAAUCACUAUCGGUUCUCCAUCUCCUGGCCCAGGAUUCUGCCCAACGGACUGAGAAGUGAACAAAUCAAUGAAAGAGGAAUCAAAUAUUAUGACGCCCUGAUCAACAUGCUGCUGGAGAAUCAGAUCACUCCCAUCGUCACGCUGUACCACUGGGACUUACCACAGGUGCUGCAGGAUAAACAUGGCGGCUGGCAGAACGUCAGCAUGGUGAACCACUUCAACGACUUCGCCAACCUGUGCUUCGAAAGGUUUGGAAACCGGGUGAAGAACUGGAUCACCUUCAACAACCCCUGGUCCAUUGCUGUGGAGGGAUAUGAAACCGGAGAGCACGCCCCGGGACUGAGGCUGAGGGGAACCGGAGCCUACAGAGCCGCCCACCACAUCAUCAAGAAAGGUCUGGUCGGGAUCUCGCUCACGGCCGACUGGGGGGAACCGGUGGACGCGUCCAACCAGAGAGACAUCGAGGCCGCAGAGAGAUACAUCCAGUUCUACAUGGGCUGGUUCGCCACCCCCCUCUUCAACGGGGACUACCCCCAGGUCAUGAAAGACUACAUCGGUAGGAAAAGUGGCCAGCAGGGCCUGGGGGCCUCCCGGCUGCCCGUCUUCUCCCCCCAGGAGAAGAGCUUCAUCAGAGGCACCUGUGACUUCCUGGGCCUCGGGCAUUUCACCACCCGCUACGUCACCCAGAGGAACUAUCCCUCCAGCCUCGGGGACAGCUUCUUCGUGGACCGGGACCUGGCAGAGCUGGUGGAUCCCAAAUGGCCCGACCCUGGUUCUGAGUGGCUCUACUCGGUUCCCUGGGGCUUCCGGCGCUUGUUGAACUUUGUGAAGACCCAGUACGGGAACCCCAUGAUCUACGUGACGGAAAACGGCGUCUCAGAGAAAAUGCUCUGCACCGACCUGUGCGACGACUGGAGGAUGCAGUACUUCAGGGACUACAUCAAUGAGAUGCUGAAAGCGAUCAGGGACGGCGUGAACGUGAAGGGCUACACGGCCUGGUCGCUGCUGGACAGCUUCGAGUGGGACGAGGGCUACUCGGAGAGGUUCGGCCUCUACUAUGUGGACUUCAGGAGCAGGAGCAAGCCGCGCUACCCCAAGGCCUCGGUCCAGUUCUACAAACGCAUCAUCAGCUCCAACGGCUUCCCCAACCAGAGGGAGUUGCGAAAUAGAAAGCUCAAAUUAAAUCCGCUCAUCGGCCACAUGGAGAUGGUGACGGAGAUCGUGGUGCCCACGGUGUGCACGCUCUGCAUCCUGCUCAGCGCCGUCUUCCUCAUGUUCCUGCUGCGCCGCCGCCUCUGAGGGGCCGCAGGAGCCGGUCAGAGGGACGCUCCGGUCCUAAAGCCUUCGUUUCCUGGCCCGAACUGUCCCCCUUUUAUGUUUGGAACACGCUCCUGGAUCCCGUUUGACCUGUGGAUGGGUUCGCUUUAUUAUCUGAUAACUUUUGAGGUGGGUUUUGUUACAUGUGAAUCAUUUGGCUCAUCAAAUCUUGACUAAAUAAAUUUACUGCCCC